AGCAGCAGGUACUGCCGCAUUUUGGUCUCCGUCUCUGUUGGAAUAAAGACUUGAAGAACCGCUCGUGAUGGAUCUGUUCGCCUUUAAGACGCUUCCGUUUCUGCUCUCUUUCAUCGGAUUCUGUGGCGGAGAAAGCGUCCUGCCGCCGGGUCCGAUCGACGCAAAUGUGGGGAAAACUGUGACUCUAAAGACGCUGGUGGACAAGCCAGACUACAUAGCUAUAAUCUGGAAUUACAGCGACGGCAAAGACUCGGUUAAUGUUGUUACCGUGAGUAAUGACAUCGUUACCGUGGACAAGGCUUACGAGGGAAGAGCGACGUUAAACAUGACCAACGGCUACCUGACCAUCGGGCCCCUGACGGUGGCGGACAGCGGAGAUUACAGCAUCAGCAUCAUAUCAACUGGAACCCGGACCGGAGAAAUAAAACUCCGAGUUCUGGAGCCGGUGUCUAACGUGCUCAUCAAGUCCAACCUGCCCGAGGCCAUCGAGCACAACAGCACCGUGAUCCUGACCUGCUCCGCCAAAGGCUCCUCCCUCGAUUUCACCUGGAGCAAGGGCGACGUGCCCAUCGCAGCCGACAAACGGAUCACAGUGAAAGACGAGGAACUGUCCAGUACUCUGACCAUCACGGAUGUCCUCAGGACCGACCUGGUGGGUCCCAUCUUCUGCACCGCCGCCAACAAGCUGCAGUUGGAGAAGAGCGCCCCCUUCAACCUUACAGUGUACUGUGAGUACUGCACCUACACGGCUGUUUUUCUUUUUUUUACCUGUCCGGUAACCCCGCCCACACGGGAUCUACUUUUUUUUUUAGCGUUUACAUUUUUUGUUUUGCGUGGCUGUAGACUGAAGCUGGACCGAAACCUGAAAAACCUCUGAGAGAC